AUGAAGGCGGAGUCGGUUGAUAGCGAAGCCGUCGCCGUCGACAGCGUUGAGCUCAUUUUCAUCGAAAUGCCGAGACAGCAAAGCCCGCCGUCUGGCCAGAAGAAGGCGUCGAUUCGUGUUGCGCCGAAGGCGACUCGUGGCCCGUCGCCGGACACAAUCAAGAACACGCCGGCGAUAUCGAAGUCGAACGUCGAGUCCGUCAAGACGAGAAGCGAUGAGGUGAAGCUCGCCGAAAAAAUGGGAGCUGUCAAGAUUGGGCGAGAAGAAGUCCGCCAACUCGUCGGUGUCCCUAAAGAGUAUCCGGAUUCGGAUCCGGAAGAUGCCAAGAGCCCACCACCGCUAAUGUACGGCACAAUCUCGAAGCGACAAGCCGAGCGACUCGAACAGCUCUAUCGCACCUAUGACAAAUUCCCGACGGGAAAAGUCGUCGCCGAGUUCAUCGACAAGAACGGCGUUUCGCCGAUGGACGUCGAGUUGUGGCUCGAGACGCGACGCGAGCUCACCUACCGAAAAUGGCAAAAGUUGGGUCUCGACACGCAGGCGAGCGUCAUGAAAUUCUAUUCGGAGGCGUUGAAGGUCUCGGAGGGAAUUCGCCUCGAGCAGCCGUCGAUUCGAAUGAAAUCGUUUUUUAGUCACGAAGGCGAAAAACAAGUCGAAGCCAAGAAAGAGGAAGAGGAGAAGAUGAUCCCGUCGCUUACCGUCACCCCGAGCAAGAUAUUCGUGAGUCCCGACCGUGAGGAGAAAUUCGUGUUGGCCGUGAAGAACACCGGCGAGGUCAAUGUCGUCUAUCAGAUCAGCAUGGUCAAUUCGGAGAACUACUUGAUGUCGCCGAUUUGUGCUAUACUUCAUCCGCAUGAGGAAUUGAGUUUGAACAUCACACGCAAGGUGGGACCCAUCGUCGAGGAGCUGUUUCGUCUUGACUACGGCGCCGCUCCCGAUGGGAUUAUUGACGCGCGUGAAGCGGCGAAUCGAAGUGAGAUGACGAAACGCGAGAUCAUCGAGGUCGUCACCAUCGACAACAACGACAUGAAAGUGGUCCGCUAA